AUGCUCCCCCGCCACCUCCGUCGUGCGCUCCUCACCCCCGCCGCCCCCGCGCAGAUUCGUGCUAUGUUUCUCGCGCGGCAGGGCCUACGCCCUGUCCCGCUCGCGCUUCGCCCAUCCCUGUCCGCCGGCCUCCCCGUCGCGUCCUUCCACUCGUCCGCGCGUCGGCAGAACAACGAGCCGCCCAAGUCGCCGUUCUCGAUAUUCGUUGAGGUGCUCAGGGAGGAGCUCAAGAAGAACCGCGAGCUACAGGACAACGUGAAGCAGCUCCAGGGAGACGUCGAGAAGUUCCAGGACUCGGAGGCCAUGAAGCGGGCGAGGGAUGCGUAUGAGCGUGCUCGCUUGACGUCUAGCAUCAAGGAGAAUCCUCGUUUGCGGGCGGCCGCUGAGGAACUCAAGAAGGCUGGGAUCAAGGUCGGUGACGCGGUAGGAGAGGCCCUCAAGACCAUGGAGGAGAGUGAGCUUGCGCGAGCGAUCUCUCGUGCUUCUGCUGCCGUGUCGUCCACGAUCGAGAAGACUACGGAGCCAAUACGGAAUACGGCUGCUUACAAGUCCCUCUCCGACACCAUAGCGGAUGCUCUCGACGACAGCGGCAGCGCAAAACACGCUGGAUUCGAAGAGAAGGAGGCGCGGCGUGCACGGCGCAAGCUCCGUCUCGAGAAGGCUGGCCGGAACAGCAUCUCUCGCACCAAGGCGAACCCUGAAGCUGGUCAGGCCAUGAUUCUCCACAAGAAUUCACCCAAACAGGAGCGGUGGAGCCAGCUGAAGGGGUCGAACCCGCUCCUCCGCCAGUUCUUGGAGCUCAAGGAGCGGUACGACGAGAGCGAGAACCCGGUUGUGUCUUCCCUCCGAUCAGUUACCCAGACGAUCGGCGGCUGGUUCGACGAGAACGAGAGCGCGCAAGUACAGCGACUCAUGAAGGCCAUGGACUCGACGUUCAACCUGGAGAGCUUCGAGCGCGAAUUGCGCGAGUACAUCGUGCCCGAGGUCGUCGACGCGUACCUCAGCGCAGACCGGGAAGCCCUCGAGGCGUGGUGCGGCGAAGCGACGUACAACGUCCUGUGGGCGACCAUGGAACAGUAUCUCAAGCAAGGACUCAUCAGCGACAGCAAGGUUCUCGACAUCCGGCAGGUCGAUAUCUCUUCAGGGAAGAUUCUCGAGAACAACGUCCCCGUGUUCGUGAUCACCUUCGCGACCCAGGAGAUGCUCAUCUUCCGGAAUGCGAAGACGGGCGAGAUCAUGGUUGGGGCUGAGAAUAGGGUAGAGCAGUGUCACUACGCCGCCGUCAUCACGCGAAUGGAGGAGGAGCUCGACAACGAGCUUACUGGCGGCUGGAAGAUCGUGGAGAUGGGCCGGAGAUCUGCGCGCCAGUACAUCUAG